AUGCCACAAAAUGAGUGGACCCUAGUCAAGGUAGACAAGUGCAGUAGUUCAACCUCAGUCAAGGUAGACAAGUGCAGUAGCUCAACCUCAGUCAAGGUAGACAAUUGCAGUAGCUCAACCUCAGUCAAGGUAGACAAGUGCAGUAGCUUAACCUCAGUCAAGGUAGACAAGUGCAGUAGAUCAACCUCAGUCAAGGUAGACAAGUGCAGCAGCUCAACCUCUGUCAAGGUUGACAAGUGCAGUAGCUCAACCUCAGUCAAGGUAGACAAGUGCAGUAGCUCAACCUCAGUCAAGGUAGACAAGUGCAGUAGCUUAAUCUCAGUCAACGUAGACAAGUGCAGUAGCCCAACCUCUGUCAAGGUAGACAAGUGCAGUAGCUCAACAUCAGUCAAGGUAGACAAGUGCAGUAGCAAAACCUCAGUCAAGGUAGACAAGUGCAGUAGCUCAACCUCAGUCAAGGUAGACAAGUGCAGUAGCUCAACCUUAAUCAAUACAAUUAAGUGCAGUAGCUCAACCUUAAUCAAGGUAGACAAGUGCAGUAGCUCAACCUUAAUCAAGAAAACUAAGUUCAGUAGCUCAACCUCAGUCAAGGUAGACAAGUGCAGUAGCUCAACCUCAGUCAAGGUAGACAAGUGCAGUAGCUCAACCUCAGUCAAGGUAGACAAGUGCAGUAGCUCAACCUCAGUCAAGGUAGACAAGUGCAGUAGCUCAACCUCAGUCAAGGUAGACAAGUUCAGUAGCUCAACCUCAGUCAAGGUAGACAAGUGCAGUAGCUCAACCUUAAUCAAGGUAGACAAGUGCAGUAGCUCAACCUCAGUCAAGGUAGACAAGUGCAGUAGCUCAACCUCAGUCAAGGUAGACAAGUGCAGAAGCUUAACCUCAGUCAAGGUAGACAAGUGCAGUACACAAACUUUCUACAAGCUAGCCAAGUGCAGCAGCCCAGCCAUAAACCAGUCAGUCAAGUGCUGUAGCCAAGCCUCAAACCAUCUAGCAAAGUGCAGUAGCUGA